AUGUCGCCGGCGCUGACUGUCCUUGGGGCUGGAGGGAACAGUGUCUCCUGUGCCUUUUCUCCUGGGACAGAGGCAGGCCGCGGUGCUGGUUCUUUCCCGAGGGAUCCAGUGGUGUCAGAUAAGGACUCUGGCAGCACUCUGGAUGAUGAAGCCGGAGGUCUUCACGGGGAGGUGAAGCUCAGUCAGCUUUGUGGCCGGAAGACCUCCUUGGGGUUUGGAGGGGAAGAGGGAGAGGGCGAUUUCUGGCCCAGGGAAUGGUCUCUCGAGGCCAUGCCGUCUGUGGAGCGGGUGGCCAGGCAGGCGUUGGGCCGGAGGGGCGGGACCCUGUUUCCCAGCCCUCCCAAGCCCCGCCCACGGGAGGACCCCCGUGCCCCUCAGCUCCGGUCUGGGCAGGAGCAGGCCUACUUCCGGCAGGGUGUCGCCCUCCAAUUCCUGGGGCGCCAUGCCGACGCCCUGGCAGCGUUCGCCUCCGGCCUGGCGCAGGACCCCAAGAGCCUGCAGCUCCUUCUGGGGAUGGUGGAAGCCGCCAUGAAGUCUCCCAUGCGAGAGUCCCUCGAGCCGACAUACCAGCAGCUGCAGAAGAUGAAACUGGACAAGAGCCCCUUUGUGGUGGUCUCUGUGGUCGGCCAGGAGCUGCUGACGGCCGGCCAUCACGGGGCCUCGGUGGUCGUCCUGGAAGCCGCCCUGAGGAUCGGCACCUGCAGCCUGAAGCUGCGCGGCUCCGUCUUCUCCGCUCUGAGCAGCGCCUACUGGUCCCUCGGCAACAGCGAGAAGAGCACGGGCUACAUGCAGCAGGACCUGGACGUGGCCAAGACCUUAGGUGACCAGAUGGGCGAAUGCCGGGCUCACGGGAACCUGGGCUCGGCCUUUUUCUCCAAAGGAAACUACCGGGAGGCCUUGUCCAACCACCGGCACCAGCUGAUGCUCGCCAUGAAGCUCAUGGACAGAGAGGCGGCCUCCUCCGCCCUCAGCAGCCUGGGCCACGUCUACACGGCCAUCGGCGACUACCCCAACGCUCUGGCCAGCCACAAGCAGUGCGUCCUCCUGGCCAAGCAGGGCAAGGACGACCUCUCCGAGGCGCGAGAGCUGGGCAACAUGGGCGCCGUCUACAUCGCCAUGGGCGACUUCGAGAACGCGGUGGGCUCCCACGAGCAGCACCUGAAGAUCGCCAAGGAGCUGGGCAACCGGCGGGAGGAGGCCCGGGCCUACAGCAACCUGGGCAGUGCCUACCACUACCGGCGCCACUUCGACAAGGCCAUGUCCUACCACAACCACGUCCUGGCGCUGGCCCAGGAGCUGGGGGAGAAGGCCAUCGAGAUGCGGGCCUACGCCGGCCUGGGCCACGCCGCCCGCUGCCUGCAGGAUCUGGAGAGGGCCAAGCAGUACCACGAGGAGCAGCUGUGCAUCGCCGAGAGCCUGCAGGAUCGGGCCGCCGAGGGGCGGGCCUCCUCCAAUCUCGGUAUCAUCCACCAGAUGAAGGGGGAGUACGAGAAGGCCCUGCAGCUGCACAAGGUGCACCUGUCCAUCGCCCAGGAGCUGAACGACUAUGCGGCCCAGGGCCGGGCCUACGGCAACAUGGGCAACGCCUACAACGCCCUGGGCCUCUUUGACCAGGCCGUCAAGUUCCACCGGCAGGAGCUGCAGAUCUCCAUGGAGGUGAACGACCGGGCCUCCCAGGCCUCCACGCACGGCAACCUGGCCGUGGCCUACCAGGCGCUCGGGGCGCACGACCGGGCCCUGCAGCACUACCAGAAUCACCUCAACAUUGCCCGGGAGCUGCGGGACAUUCAGAGCGAAGCGCGGGCGCUGGGCAACCUGGGCAACUUCCACUCUUCUCGCGGGGAGUUUGCCCAGGCGGCCCCCUACUACGAGCAGUACCUACAGCUCUCCCCAGACCUGCAGGACAUGGAGGGCGAGGGCAAGGUGUGCCACAACCUGGGCUAUGCCCACUACUGCCUGGGCAACUACGAGGAGGCGGUGAAGUAUUACGAGCAGGACCUGGCCCUGGCCACGGACCUGCGCGACAAGCUGAGUCAGGCCAAAGCCUACUGCAACCUGGGCUUGGCCUUCAAGGCCCUGGCCAACUUCGGCAAGGCAGAGGAGUGCCAGAAGUACCUCCUGUCCCUGGCCCAGUCGCUUGGCAAUACCCAGGCCAAGUUCCGGGCCCUGGGCAACCUGGGCGACAUCUCCGUCUGCAAGAAAGACCUCAGUGGCGCCAUCCGGUUCUACGAGCAGCAGCUGAGCUUGGCCCACCAGGCCACGGACCGGAAGCUGGAGGCCAGCGCCUACGCCGCCCUGGGCUCUGCCUACCGACUGGUGCAGAAGUACGACAAGGCCGUGGGCUACCACACGCAAGAGCUGGAGGUGUACCAGGAGCUGGGCGAGGUGCCGGGGGAGUGCCGAGCCCACGGGCACUUGGCGGCGGUCUACAUGUCCCUGGGCAAGUACACCGUGGCCUUCAAGUGCUACCAGGAGCAGCUGGAGCUGGCCCAGAAGCUGCGGGACCCCGGCACCGAGGCCCAGGUCUAUGGCAACAUGGGCAUCACCAAGAUGAACAUGAGCGCCAUGGAGGAGGCCAUCGGCUACUUUGAGCAGCAGCUGGCCAUGCUGCAGCAGCUGAGCGGGAGCGAGGCCGUGCUAGACCGGGGCCGGGCCUUCGGCCACCUGGGCGACUGCUACGAGGCGCUGGGGGACUUUGAGGAAGCCAUCAAGUAUUACGAGCAGUACCUGUCUGUGGCACAGAGCCUGAACCGCAAGCCGGACCAGGUGAAGGCUUACCGGGGCCUGGGUAAUGGGCACAGGGCGAUGGGGAGCUUGCAGCAGGCGCUGGUGUGCUUUGAGAAGAGGCUGGUGGUGGCCCACGAGCUCGGGGAGGCCUUGGAGAAAGCGCAGGCCUAUGGGGAGCUGGGCGCGCUCCACAGCCAGCUGGGCAACUGUGAGCAGGCCGUCUCCUGCCUCGAGCGCCAGCUCAGCAUCGCUCGGGAGAUGAAGGACCAGGCCCUGGAGGGCAGCGCCGCCUGCGGCCUGGGCAGCGUCUACCAGCAGAUGGGCGAGUUUGACACGGCCCUCCAGUACCACCAGCUGGACCUCCAGAUCGCGGAGGAGACCGACAACCCGGCCUGCCAGGGGCGGGCCUACGGCAACCUCGGCCUGACCUACGAGGCCCUGGGCACCUUCGAGAGAGCCGUGGUGUACCAGGAGCAGCACCUCAGCCUGGCCGCCCAGAUGAACGACCUGGUGGCCAAAACGGCCUCCUACAGCAGCCUGGGCCGGACGCACCACGCCCUGCAGAACUACUCCCAGGCGGUCAUGUACCUGCAGGAAGGGCUGAGGCUGGCCGAGCAGCUGGGGCGCAGGGAAGAUGAAGCCAAGAUCCGGCACGGCCUCGGCCUCUCGCUCUGGGCCAGCGGGAACCUGGAGGAGGCGCAGCAUCAGCUCUACCGGGCCUCGGCCCUCUUUGAGACCAUCCGGCACGAGGUGCAGCUGAGCACGGACUACAAGCUCUCGCUCUUCGACCUGCAGACGUCCUCCUACCAGGCCCUGCAGCGGGUGCUGGUCAGCUUGGGGCACCACGACGAGGCGCUGGCGGUGGCGGAACGAGGCCGGACGAGAGCCUUCGCUGACCUGCUGGUGGAGCGGCAGACGGGGCCGCAGGAGUCCGACCCCUACUCCCCUGUGACCGUGGAUCAAGUCCUGGAGACCGUCCACAGCCAGCGGGGGCUGGUCCUGUACUUCUCCCUGGCUGCGGGAUACCUCUACAGCUGGCUCCUGGCACCGGGGGCAGGGAUCCUGAAGUUCCACGAGUGCUGCCUGAGUGACGGCCCAGCCGAGGACUCUGCAGACUUCCCGGAGUGUGGGGCGAACCUCCAAGCCAUCACGAGCUCUGCUCUGGAGCAGCUCUGCUCCAGCGUGCGAGAGGCCCUGGGAGUCGAGUCCUACUACGCCCGCAGCGCUUGCGCCAGCAGCGAGACCGGGAGUGAGGCGGGAGACCUCAUGGACCAGCAGCUGGAGGAGACAAACAACAAGCUGAAUUCGGUGACAGACCCCACCGGCUUCCUGAGGAUGGUUAGCAGGAACAACCUGUUCAACAGGAGCUACCAGAGCAUGAGCAGCCUCUUCAGCAGUCCGGUGUCCCCCACCAGGGAGGCCACCUCUUCGCUGCCCCGUCGGCCGAGCACACUCAGCAAGUCCCCGCUGCGCACCCUCUACGACCUGCUGAUAGGGCCCAUGGAAGGGGGCCUGAUGCAUUCCAGUGGGCCUGUGGGCCGCCACCGGCAGCUCACCCUGGUUCUGGAAGGGGAGCUGUACCUCAUCCCCUUUGCCCUCCUCAAGGGCAGCUCCUCCAACGAGUACCUCUACGAGCGCUUCAGCCUCAUCGCCGUGCCCUCCCUCCAGGCCCUCAACCCCAGCUCCAAGAGCCAGUCGAAGAAGAACGCUGCCGUCUACAGCAGCUCUCCCUCCACGGCCGCCGUCAUCGGCAACCCCAAGCUGCCCUCCUCGGUGAUGGACCGCUGGCUGUGGGGGCCCAUGCCCUCAGCCGAGGAGGAGGCCCUCGCCGUGUCGGAGCUCCUGGGCUGCCAGCCGCUGGUGGGCGGCCUGGCCACCAAGGAGCGGGUGAUGAGCGCGCUGGCGCAGGCUGAGUGCGUGCACUUUGCCACUCACAUCUCCUGGAAGCUGGCCGCUCUGGUCCUGACGCCCAACGCUGAGAGCAUCGCGGCCGCCAGCAAGGGCUGCUUUGGGAACUCCUACACGAUCCCUGAGUCCCUGCGCGUGCAAGACGACGCAAGCGACGUGGAGAGCCUUUCGGACUGCCCGCCCCUGCAGGAGUUCCUGCUCACCGCGGCCGACAUCCUGGACUUGCGCCUGCCCGUCAAGCUGGUGGUCUUGGGCUCCUACCAGGAGUCCAACAGCAGGGUCACGGCGGACGGGGUGAUCGGACUGACGCGCGCCUUCCUGGCGGCCGGGGCGCGGUGCGUCCUGGUCUCCCUGUGGCCCGUCCCGGUGGCGGCUUCCAAGCUGUUUGUGGAGGCCUUCUACUCGGCCCUGCUGAAAGGGCCGUGCUGGGGGCGGGGGCAGCGGGGACCAACCUCGGCCCCUUGGGUGGGGAGACCGGGACACGUCUGGGCGGGCUUCAUGCUGAUUGGGAGCGAUGUGAAGCUCAACAGCCCUUCUUCUCUGAUUGGACAGGCCUUGACGGACAUCCUCCAGCACCCGGAACGAGCACGCGAUGCCCUGCGGGUUCUGCUGCACCUGGUGGAGAAGUCCCUGCAGCGCAUCCACAGUGGGCAGCACAACUCCAUGUACACCUCUCAGCAGAGCGUGGAGAACAAAGUCGGGGGGAUCCCCGGCUGGCAGGCGCUGCUGACCGCCGUUGGUUUCCGUCUGGACCCCCCAGCCAGUGGGCUGCCGGCAGCCGUCUUCUUCCCCACCGCAGACCCAGGGGACCGGCUGCAGCGCUGCAGCACCACCCUGCAGGCCUUGCUGGGUUUGCCCAAUGCUGCCCUGCAGGCCCUCUGCAAGCUCACCACCGCCUCCGAAAGUGGGGAGCAGCUCAUCGGCCAGCUCCAUCAGGUGCUGGUGCAACUCCAGGUGGGGGAGAAGGAGCAGGACUUCUCUCUGGCACCCAUCCAGGUCUCCAUUAGCGUCCAGCUGUGGCGGCUGCCGGGCUGCCACGAGUUCCUGGCAGCGCUGGGAUUCGACCUCUGUGAAGUCGGGCAGGAGGAGGUGAUCCUGAAGACGGGCAAGCAGGCCAGCCACCGGACCCUGCACUCCGCUCUCCAGACCCUGCUGGCCCUUUUCGACUCCACAGAGCUACCCAAGCGCUUGAGCUUAGACAGCUCCUCGUCCCUGGAAUCCCUGGCCUCGGCUCAGUCCGUCUCCAAUCCGGGGCCUCUCGGCUAUCCGCACCCACCGUUUUCCCCCACGGGCCCGGACAGCUUGGCCUCGGACGCCAUCUCCGUCUACAGCCUGAGCUCCAUCGCCUCCUCGGUCAGCUUUGCCUCCAAGCCGGAGGGCGUGCUGGAAGGGGGAGGAGCCCGCGGGCGCCCAGACUAUGAGAGGCCAAAGAACAUCCACCCCCAAAGGACCCAGAGGACACGUGGCCCGUUCUCCCCACAAACCAGCACGGCCUUUGGCAAAGAUGGGGACGAUUACGAGGGGUACUCCAUCAUCAGCAAUGACCCACUGGGAACGUACCAGGAGACGAGGCAGCCGCGGUUUUCCCCCGACCACAAACCCUCCCAGAUUCAUAAGGCCGGAGGGAUCAAGAUUUCCGUCAGCUCCAAGGGGAGUGUCAGUUCUCCAAACUCCCCUGUUAAAAUGACUCUCAUUCCCAGCCCAAACUCCCCGUUCCAGAAGGUUGGGAAACUGGCGGGUUCAGACACGGGCGACUCUGACCAGUCCAGCACGGAAACGGACAGCACCGUCAAGUCGCAGGAGGAGAGCAACCCAAAGCUCGACCCUCAGGAACUGGCCCAGAAGAUCCUGGAAGAGACUCAGAGCCACCUCCUGGCCGUGGAGCACCUCCAGCGGAGCAGUGGCCAGCUCAGCAAGAGCAGCAGCUUGGACAACGGGGCCUCCCCGCUCGCGGGCGCAUCGUCCUUCCGGUCAUCGGAAACCAGCGCCUUCAGCAGGCCCCUGUGGUCCAGCCACAAGGGCCAGCCUUCCCCCACCUCCGCGAAGCCAAAGCCCCCAACCAGGAGCUCCUCCCUGCAGAAGGUGAGCUCCGGCUACAGCAGCCCAGCAGCCUCCGAGGCCUCCGCCAAGGAAGGCACGGGCCAGCACAGCAACCAGCCGUCCCCCAGCUCCGACCCCCACGGGCCCCUCUUCCGGCUCAAGUACCCCAGCUCCCCCUACAGCACUCACAUCUCCAAGUCCCCCAGGAACAUCUCCCCGAGCUCAGGGCAUCACUCCCCGGCAGGCAGCACCCCAUCCCCGGCGCUCUCCUACUCUUCCGCCAGCUCCGCCCGCUCCAGUCCCGCCGAUGCCCCCGCCCUGGACAAACUCAAGAGGGCCACCAUCGAUGAGAAGGUGCAGGCCAUCCACAACCUGAAGAUGUUCUGGCAGAACAGCCCCCAGAGCUCCACGGGCCCCAUGAAGAUCUUGCGGAGCGCCGCGGGGAGAGCGACGGCCAGGCGGGAUGUGCUCAGCUUAUUGAACUUGUCUCCACGGCACAGCAAGGACGACGCCCCCCCGGACAAGAUGGAGCUGAAGGACUUGUCUGCUCCUCAGCCCCAGACCUCACCACAGAACGGACACAGGCGACCUGACCCCGCCCCGCCCGCGCUCCCGACCAGCACGUCAGGCCCCGGGCACCACCACCCUUUGCGGCUGCCUUCGGGAAACGGUUACAAAUUCCUGUCGCCAGGACGCUUCUUCCCUUCUUCCAAAUGCUCAAGUCCGUUUGAUCUCAUGAAGGGGGGCCCUUUUGUUUGGUUCCGUCUUGUGAAAGGUUCUUCCCUCCACGACGACUGCAGCCCCCAGCGAGCGUGA